ACACACACACUCAGCGCUGGGCAGCGACUGCAGCUCUCGGCUCCGCUGCGUGUGUGUUUGAGAGACACAGACGACACAUCGCGCUCCUCCUGACUCCGUGUGUGUGUGUGUGUGUGUGUGUGUGUGUGAUGUAAUUGUUUGAGUCCAGCGGGUCAUAACAGGCGAGUCGUCCGUUAAUCAGCGUAUGAUCUCGGUCAGCGGGACGUCAGACACAGAGACGCUGGAGAACCGUUUGGCGAUGUGGCUGCGUGUUCUGUUGGCGUGUUUGCUGCUGGAGGUCUGCACCGCGGCUCCACAUGCUCACAUCAACCGCCUUGCGCUCUUCCCCGACAAAAGUGCCUGGUGCGAGGCCAAAAACAUCACGCAGAUCGUCGGACACACGGGCUGCACGCCACGGUCCAUCCAAAACAGGGCCUGCCUGGGUCAGUGUUUCAGCUACAGUGUGCCCAACACCUUCCCACAAUCCACCGAGUCUCUGGUCCAUUGCGACUCCUGCAUGCCGGCGCAGACGCAGUGGGAGGUGGUGACCCUGGACUGCGCCGGCAGCGAUGAAGCCCCGCGGGUGGAUAAGUUAGUGGAGCGCAUCCUUCACUGCAGCUGCCAGUCGUGCAGUAAAGAGAGCAGCCAGGAGGGGGCGCUGCUGCAGCUGUAUCCGGCAGACGGAGCGCUGGAAACGCCGUCGCUGCCGGAAGCUGCGCACACGCAGCACGCUCACGUGCAUACCGACGCGCAUUUAGACGUGCACGCGCCCGAGGCCGGGUGACGAGCGCAAACGCACGCGCUUUACACCAGGGCUGCGAGAUUAAUCGAUAGCGGCGUGUGCCUGGCCAGGAAAUUCGGUUCUAGAUCCAGCUGUUGAUCACCAUCACACAUUUAACACCCAGAGCCUCGGUUCACUCGACAAGCUACGGAAAAUUCAAUGCAGGCGAUAUAAUCGCGCAAUUAUGAAAACAACGAAAUUGCGAUAAACACAGCUACUUAUGUAGGUUCUCAGUGAACUACUGAAAGUAGCUUAUUUUAAUAUACGUGUCAAAUUAUUUCAUAGUAUUCAAAGGCAAUGCGUUAUUAUAUACUUUAUUAUAAUGAUAAUAAAAAGAAUGCGAGAUAAACCGUAUAUUGCCGUAGUCUUGUGUUUAUUAGUUGUCCGUUUACUUAGCUAGUGCUGUAGGGACUGCCUGGAUUUAGUUUUUUUCUAGUUUUUGUGGCCUUCAGGUGAUUUCCUGCUGAUCUCAGAACCGUGCUUCACUGACAAGAUCUCGUCUUCGGUUUAAUAUCGAUUAAUCGUGCAGCCCUACUUUACCCUUUAAAGCCUACUGAACUCUCCGUCUCUGUCUAAAGCACUUUUUCACUUAGAGAUCGUGACACUAAUCGAGACUUUCUCACAGUCGCUGGAGUCAGCUCUGUGAAUAAACGCGCACACACACACUCACACACACACUCACACACUCGACUAUAUAUUACUGACGCGUCCGCACACACGUCCAGAUCUAUAUAUCUUUAAUGUAGCCUACAGGAACACGUACAGUCAGACUGUGUGUCACUUAUGUAAUAUUAUAAUCACAAUAAAACGUGAAAUCAC